AUGGAAGAAAGGAAGGCAUUUGGUUGGGCUGCCAGAGACCCUUCUGGAAUUCUCUCUCUUUUCCAAUUCAAUCUCAGGAAAAUGGGUUCUGAAGACGUGGUAUUGAAGGUUCUGUACUGUGGGGUAGACCACACUGAUCUUCAUCAGAUGAGGAAUGAGAUUCACAGUACUAACUAUCCUUUGGUCCCAGGGCAUGAAGUAGUGGGAGAAGUGGUGGAGUUGGGUUCAGAGGUGAAGAAAUUUAGAGUUGGGGACAUAGUGGGAGUUGGAUGCAUUGUAGGGUCUUGUGGAGAAUGCUUGUAUUGCCAAUCCAACAUGGAGCAGUACUGCCCUAGGACAAUCUUCACUAUAAAUGGCACCAACAAUGAUGGAAGCCCGACUCACGGAGGCUUCUCAUCUGCCAUGGUUGUUCAUCAAAGGUUUGUGGUUCGGAUACCAGGAAAGCUAGCACCGGAGCAGGCGGCUCCGUUGCUGUGUGCUGGGGUUACAGCUUACAGUCCACUGAAGCAAUUCAUGGGGUAUAACAGGGUUGUGAGGGGAGGGAUUUUGGGUUUAGGUGGAGUUGGACACUUAGGUGUCAUAAUUGCAAAGGCAAUGGGUCACCAUGUGACUGUGAUAAGCUCUUCUGAUAGGAAGAGGGAUGAGGCUUUGGAUAUUUUAGGUGCAGAUGCUUUUAUAGUGAGCUCCAAUGAGGCUGAGAUGGAGGGAGCUGCUAGCAGCCUCGACUAUAUCCUCGACACUGUACCGGCUUUCCACCCUCUGCAUCCUUACCUUUCACUCCUCAAGGUUGUUGGAAAGCUCAUAGUAGUUGCUGCUGUUCCUCAACCACUUCAGUUUGAUGCAGCAGACAUAAUUCUAGGGAAGAGGAGCAUUUCCGGGAGCUUCAUCGGAAGCAUGGAAGAAACGCAGGAAAUACUUGAUUUCUGGGCAGACAAGGAUUUGACGACUAUGAUAGAGAUAGUAAAAAUGGAUUAUGCUAACAAGGCAUUUGAGAGGAUGGAAAGAAAUGAUGUGAGGUUUAGGUUUGUCCUGGAUGUAGGUGGAAGCAACCUGGAAUGA